AUGGCUCAGUCGAAGAACGAUGCCAGGUUAUCGCUGGAGAUCCGGACAAAAUCUGUGGAACAAACUCUCAUUCCACUGGUCACACAGAUAACCACUUUGGUAAACCACAAGGAUCGUCCAAAGGUCACAGAUAAGACAGCCAAGGCAUUGAUCAGAGUUGGUCAAGCUGUUAACUUGGCUGUUGACCGCUUCGUAAUUGUUGGUCAGUCGAUUGCUGAUGACAAUGACGACAUCAGACAAGACAUGUGUGAAGCCUGUGAAGAAGCUCGAUCAGCAGGGAUCAGUAUUCAGAAACUGACGUCAAUCGACCGCACGUCAAACUACUCAACUCCUAAAACCUUCACCGAAAAGACUGCAAUGGUGAGGGCAGCACGUCAGCUACUGUCGGCCGUCACACGUGUCUUACUCCUCGCCGACAAGGUCAUUGUCAAGCAACUGCUUCUCUCGAAGGAAAAGGUACUCUCAAGUCUGAAUGAGCUGGACACUGUGACCACCUUUACAGACUUUGUCAACUGUUUCAGUCGCUUUGGUAAUGAAAUGGUGGAAUUAGCUCACUUGACUGGAGAUAGACAAAAUGACCUGAAGGGGGAGAAGCAGCGUGCACAGAUGGGGGCUGCCCGAGCGAUCCUAGAAAAGUCAACCAUGAUGCUGCUACCUUCCUGUAAAACGUGUCUGCGACAUCCUGACUGUGAUACAGCGCGAGUCAAUAGAGAAGGUGUGUUCGUCCAGAUGCGACGCGCCCUGGAUAUGAUCCAUUAUAUAGUAACAGAGGGUGGUACCAGUCAGGUGAAUGGUCACUCCUGCACUCUCAAUAACGGUGAUUCGGGGAUAUGUCUGGAUAAUGCCCAUCACUCAACCAGUCGUUCCAUCAGGGAGUUUGAGGACCUAGUUGAGAUGACCCGUGUGACUGGGCUGACCAGCUCCAGUUCUCCGGACAAACUGACCAGUGCCUUGGACGUUGUAGUUGAGACAGCUCAGGACUUUACGGACUCAGCCUACACACCACACGAGAACCGGGAGAAGAUCAUUGACACUCUGAACUGUAUCAGAGCUGAAUUACAGAUCCUUAUCAAUGCUGGCCUGAACCAGAGAGACCUGAAUGUAAGCCUGGACAUGGAGACAGCAAUCCUGAAGACAGUGUCAGUAUCCAAGUGUCUGAAUAAACUGCUUCAGGAUACUGCAAUGGAGCAGGCAUCAGAGCUGUUCAAGACCAACGAGGAUCAUGAGCUUCUAAAAUGUCUAAAGGGGGCAGGAAUCGCUGGAGAGGCGGAGAGAGUGGAGGAACUUACAGUCAAGUUUGAAGAGCAUAUGGAGCAACUGGAGGAGGUAUGUAAGCUGUUCCGACACAUCGCCACUACAGAGCCUCUUGUUAUUGCUGCCGAUCAUAAUGACUCUAUUAUUAGGACAAUUGGACCACUGACAAUGAUGGCAGCAAAAACCCUAAGUCAGUAUCCUAAUAGUAAAAUAGCUAGAGAAAACCUUGACACAUUUUCUGAUGCUUGGGAGUCUCAGAUUAAUGACCUGUCUGUUCUUGUUAAAGAGGUCAAUGAUGUAUGUCAAGGUCGCAUGGACAAGCCCGUGUAUCUAUCCCUUCCCAGACCAGGGGUGACACCUUCAUCUCCUGUAAAACAUGGAACUACAUCACGUGGCCUGAGACCAGUCAAACUGGACGCGGAGGAACAAGCCAAGAUUGCGAAGCUCGGCCUGGAGAUGAAGUUAAUCACAUCAGAAAUGGAUGCUGAGACGGACAAGUGGGAGGAGCCGGAUAAUGACAUUGUAAAGCGGGCAAAAAACAUGUCAAGCAUGGCAUUUAGUAUGUACCUAUUUACCCGAGGGGAGGGACCGCUGAAAACCACACAUGACCUGUUUGUACAGGCUGAAUAUUUUGCUGAGGAAGGCAACAAACUCUCAUACAGCCUUAAGUCUCUGUUUGUGUUACAGGUGCCACUGUGUGUUCAUCGUGAAGAAUUGCUGUCUCAUCUCGACAGGAUUCCAUCACAGAAAUCUGCUACAUUUAACAAGGUAAAAUCUCCAACACAGAAAUCUGCUACAUUUAACAAGGUGGACAGUGCCAUACAGGAGACAAAGAACCUGAUGAAUGCCAUAGCAAAAGUUGUCACCACGAGCUUUAUCUGUGCUACCAAGUACAACAUCGACUAUCGUCGCUCACCAGGGGGCAGUAGAAGAUGGCGUAGCCAGUCGUCGGCUGAUGCUCGUUCUAAUGCCAGCUCUGACAAUGAGUCGGUAUAUAGCAGCUCUGCUGAUGGGAUGCAGCGGAGCUCGUCAUCAAGUAGACAGUUCUCUAGUAACAAUAGCCUCGACAGAGCAUGA